UGAAACACAAGCAAGGAGGAUUUUCAGCGCUAAUGAAAGGCAAGCGCCACCAUGAGCAAUCGCAAUCUGGCUGCGGCCGUGCGCUACCACGCUGUCCAGCACGCAGCCAGCAAUAUUUGAAUUUAAAACCACACGUGAUGGCACAUGCUUCCUCACGCAAAAGAUAAACGUGUAAAACAAGUUGUUUUUCCCACCCAGAUUGACCAGAAGCAGAUUGACUGGAACGGCACAGUUGAAAGUCACCCUCGUCCUACGAUCUCUUUCCGAAUCCAGGUCUCCCCCCUUUUUAUUUUGGGGUGAAACCCUUCAAGUGUGUCAAUGCGCUGGACUGGACUGGUCGUCGACACAUCUACGUAUUCAUCAUCGACAUCAUCCCAAAAAACAUGAUGUUCACGUCCAUCGUGUCGAAAAGGAUGUGUACACAUUGAGAGGAUAAUACACCAAACUGACGGUACCGGUACCGGCACCGUAGGCACCCGCACUCACCGUCGAGUUUUCCCUUUUCAUCCAUUCGGAAGUAGUUCUUCCUUUCAUUCGCUCUCUCGCUGUCUAUAACUUUCUUAGAAGUUAUGGAUCGCUUCCGUUCCUUUUGCGGCUCGGAGGAGUUAUGCGCGGCGUGUUGCAACUGGACGGCGCGUGAAACCUUAGUAAGGCCUGUGAACGUUAGUCACUGUGUCGGACGAGACCGGGUACGGUGGGCAAGGUGUUCGCGCCGGUUGGAAUGCAACCGUUGUAUCAAAUGACAACACGCUGGCGAUGGUUGUGGCUUCUGCUACACGGCGGUGCGGCCAAAGACCGGUUUAUUAGAUGUAAUGGUGAUAGUUCAAUUAGUCCGUGUGCGAUCGCGGUCGAGGUAGGAGCUCUCCCGUGGUAGUGGCCAUUUCCCAAAAGUUCACAUCUAGAGAGGUUUAGCCGUGCAAUAGCGUCCGUCUAGCGCAAAGAAAAACCGCGUGGCUAUUCUAGAUGGUCAUGGUUGACGAACGAACGCCACUAACGUCGGACCUUUCCGGUCCGCUUCCGCUGGCGUCGGGACCCUCGGGCACCGCCGUGCAUCAUCUGAAGUCACACGAAAGUGUUCGGGAGCGCCAGGUCCGAACGUUCCAGUGCUGGAUCUGUUCCGCAAUACUGGGUGCAUUUGCGCUGGCGAUCGUGAUCAGCAUUAGUUACAUCAUAUUCGGCGAUGCAACGCAACCACCGCUGGAUGGAGCGAACACGACGGCGGCGGAUUUUCCUGAGCUCUUAAAUCUCAUUAGUUUCCCGCUGGUUGAUGAGUCGUCACCCGAGUGGAACGGUACGGCGGUUAGCGACGAUGCCAAGGCGGCCGCCAUAGCGGAUGGCGAGAAGGCGCUGGGCGAUAAGGAGCUGCUGGAGGAGACGCUCUCGUCGCCCCCGCUUAACUCGCCCUCCUUCCGCCACCAAAAGUCCGUCGGUGCAACGAAAGCGGCCCGGCUGGCGGCAAAGGUCGGCUUCGUGGAGGAUCGUGCCACGCAGGCACUGGUGCGCCGGUUGGACAUCCGUCGUCGGGGCUCGAUCGGGCGCGGCCCACCGAUGGAUUUGCCGCGUGCGCACCGUCAACCGCGCUGCGACUUCAACGCGCGCUAUCGCACGGCCAACGGGACGUGCAACAGUAAGGAGCGACCGUACGAGUACGGCGUCGCGAUGAUACCGUUCCGGCGCCAGCUCAACCCAGACUAUGGCGAUGGCAUAUCGGCACCGCGUGCCUCCGUCGAUGGGGCGGAACUGCCCAGCGCCCGGCAGGUGUCGCUCGAAAUCCAUCGCCCAUCGUACCACAACGAUCCGAACUUUAGCGUGAUGCUGGCGGUGUGGGGCCAGUUUCUCGAUCACGACAUAACCUCCACCGCGCUGAACCAGGGCGUGGACGGGAAGCCGAUCGAGUGCUGCGAUCCGGGGCAGCCGCAACAUCCCGAGUGCUUUCCCGUGCCGCUCGGUCCGGGCGACCCGUACUACACCCAGUACAACGUGACCUGCAUGAACUUUGUGCGCUCGGUGCCGGCCCCGACCGGUCACUUCGGUCCGCGGCAGCAGCUGAACCAGGCGACCGCCUUCAUCGACGGCUCGGUCGUGUACGGCUCGGACGACGAGCGUAUGGGCGCGCUGCGCACGGGCGCCGGCGGCCAGCUGCGUAUGCUGCGCACGCCGGACGGUCGCGAUCUGCUGCCCGUGUCGACCGAUCCGCUCGACGGGUGCAACGAGCAGGAGAUGAAUGCGGCCGGCAAGUACUGCUUCGAGUCGGGCGAUGCGCGGGCGAACGAGAAUCUGCAUCUCACCUCGAUGCAUCUGAUCUGGGCCCGGCACCACAACAGCCUUGCCCGCGGGCUGGCCCACGCAAACCCGCACUGGGACGACGAGCGGCUGUUCCAGGAGGCGCGCCGCAUCCUGGCCGCCCAGAUGCAGCACAUCACGUACGCCGAGUUUGUGCCGGUGAUCGUCGGCAACGAGACGGCCGGCCGGAUGGGCCUGCUGCCCGCAUCGGCCGGUGGCGAGCGGGCCGGCGACACGUACAACGCCACGGUGGACGCGUCGAUCGCGAACGUGUUUGCCGGGGCCGCGUUCCGCUUCGCCCACACGCUGCUGCCCGGGCUGAUGAAGCAAACGCGCAAUCCGGCCGCGUCCGCCUCGGGCAUCGAGCUGCACCGGAUGCUGUUCAACCCGUACUCGCUGUACGCGCGCGACGGGCUGGACAAUGCGCUGGGCGGUGCGAUCGGUACGGCGCUGGCCAAGUACGACCAGUACUUCUCCACCGAGCUGACCGAGCGGCUGUUCGAGAAGGCGGACGAGCAUCUGCUGCACGGCCAGCCGUGCGGGUUGGAUCUGGUGUCGCUCAACAUACAGCGCGGCCGGGACCAUGGGCUGCCGGCGUACCCGCGCUGGCGCAAGCACUGCCACCUGACGCCGGCCGACAGCUGGGAGGAGCUGGAGCGCAUCGUCGAUCCGGAAUCGUACCGGCAGAUGAGGCGCAUCUACCGCGAGCCGGCCAACGUGGACGUUUACUCCGGCGCGCUCAGUGAAGCGCCGGUGCGCGAUGGGAUCGUCGGGCCGCUGCUGACGUGCCUGAUUGGCGAUCAGUUUUUGCGGCUGAAGCAGGGCGACUCGUUCUGGUACGAGAGACGGCGGGGGCCGCAACGGUUCACUGAAGCACAAUUGCAGCAAAUUUACAACACCAAACUGUCGAGCGUUAUUUGUCGCAAUUCGGACCACAUUGAGCAGUCGCCCGUGUAUCUGAUGAAGCGUACCGACUCCCGCACGAACCCGGAAACGGACUGCAAGCAGCUGGACACGUUUGAUUUCGAGCCGUUCCGAGAGGACGCCGAACAGCCGCAGCGCAACCGGGCGGCCAAAAUUGCGACCGACCGCAUGAAGGUGCUGGUGUUCGAACCAAAGGCAACCGGAACCACCACCGAGCACGCGGUCGGGGCGGAAAUGCAGGACGUGGAGGAGGGAGAGCACCAAGCGGCCAGCACGACGACGGUGGCAACGACAACGGAUGCGACGACGACGACGACGACAACGACGACCACGAUGAAGGAGGCUGCAGGAGCAUGAUUUAAGGUUCGUUUGCCGUCGGAUGCUUCCUCUUCGCUGUACGUUUGCCGUUUGGCGAGAGAGAAUGUCCGUCUAGCAACAUCGUCGCCUACUGGUCGAAACGAUGUUCCGCGCAAAGGGUGCGCAAGGGAUGAGGCGGGUGGUGAGUAAUUAAAAGGACUGCCAACGCACACGCGCCUAGCAACAUUCUCCUUUUUCUGUUCGCUUGAGUUCGGUCUCACUCACCCGCAACACGCUAUCCCUUUCACGCACCGUCUAAUGAAUCCUGCACGGUUGCGUUUCCCCCAGCAAAGCUCGUCCCGGUGUGUGUGUGUGUGUGUUGUGUCACUGGGGAAGAACAAUUUCCUCUUCCACCCUCCCGUCGUCGUACCCAACCCCUUGCGCUGUACGGUUUGUACAUAGACGAGCAUAGAGACUUGCAACCACCCACCCAGUCGCCGGUUAUCGGUACCCGACCGUACGCAACCGUCCUCCAACACCGCACGUUGGUUCUCUCUUUAAUUUUUGGUUGCCAUCGACGUGGUGGAUCCGUGGCCGUAGCCUGCUGGUGCGUUCUGGGCGCCUGGUAGAAUGGACGCUUAAUGAGUGAAAUCUAGGGCGAGCGAGAGAGUGCCCCAGCACAUGGCACACAACCACCCCAACAGGGGGCGAUUAAGAUAAAUGGAAUGAACGUGUGCUAGGGGAGAGUUUCGUGAUGAUGUGCGAUGAUGGGCGGAGGACAGCUAAAUAGUGGAAGUACGGCUGCGUCGGAUUUUUCGAUUUCGCUCUCGGCGGUGGUACGCGCCGCGAUAGGGCAUUGUUUUAGGGUUGCGGAGGGUGGUGGGUGUUACCAUUAAUUAAUGCUAGAAAACGGUGUUAGGUAACUGUAACCAUGGUGACAUUCCUUGGAACAGGCAGCAGCAAGCACACAAAGGGCGGCUGAAUAUUAAUUAGUCCUUUUUUAUAACGCUAUUGUAGGUACAGGACAAAGUAUAAUUACAGUGCAUGCCAAACUUUUUUUU